AUGUCUCUCCGCAUUAUUCCCGCAGCUGGCACCGCAAACCAUACCUCCAACACCACAGCCCGCCACACCCGGCCCUCAAAGGGCGCCCCAUCAGCACCCGGUAUUCCUGACACUCUCCGCAAUAAGCUCACUCUCCCCGCCACCGCUACAGCCUCCUCCACCAACAACCCAGUCGCCAGUGACAUCACCUCCUCGGCACACCCGCUCGAGGCCCGCCUGCUCGCCUGGCGCGCAACCCAAGAUGCAAUGAAAAUGGAGUCCCUGCGCCGGGCCUACGGAAUUGCUGAGCCCGUUCGUCGUGGCAUGGAGCUGAAGAUCGUGCGUGAUAGUACAUUCCGCCCAGCUGUGCUUGGUGGUCUCAAGGGUGGCAAUGUGCACGAGGAUAUCUUGGUGAUUGGAGGUCGGGAUACAGAGGUUGGUUGGGAAGAUGUCUUCCAUGGUGACGAAUUCCGGGAACCGCCUACUUUCCAUGAUGAGAUGGAGAAGAGGCUUAAGAUGGAUUUCUAG